AUGACUGAACCUACACAGAUAAAACACGUUCACGUUCCAAGAGCUGCUAAGGCAUGUUUAGCAUGUCGUCGUCAAAAGACUAGAUGUUUCCCUUCAAAUGAUUCGAAUUCUUGUUUACGAUGUCAAUCAUUAUCAAGACCUUGCAGUUUUCUAAAAGAUGGUGGUGCUGAUUCUUCUUCUGGUGGUGGUGGUAAUGCUUCAACAGGAUCUAGUGGUAAUAGUAAUAGAAAAAGAUCAAUCAGUGCGAUUGAUACUUCAACCACUAUAGAUGGUGUUAAUAUUAUUGAAUUAGAUAAAAAUGUCAAAAAAAUUUUAACGUUAUUACAACCAAAGACACACCCAAUCACAUCAUUAAACAGAGGGGAAGAUGAUUCAACAACCACGAAGCAUAAAUCACCUUUCCAAACUAGUCCAUUUACAUUGAUUUCAAAUUCCGUAUCUAGUCAAUCUUCAACAAUACGACAACUUUUCAAUCCAACAAAUAUCAAGCCAACUCCGCCAAUAAGUGUGUUAACGUUGGAGAUAAUCACAAUAAAGGAAGCUAUUACAUUAGUUGACAAGUUUAAAGAAUGUUAUGGUCGUUGGAUCUCAUUGCCGAAUAAUAUAACAACAGAGGAAUUAAUAAAUUCUAUUCAAAUUUCAUCACCAAUCUUAUUAACAUCAAUUUGUGUUACAAGUCUUCGUUAUCAAAAACAAACAAAUCAUGAUAAUAAGCUCUAUUUGGAUUUAAUAAAACAGUUGAAAUUGGAACUUUUCCAAGAAAUUUCAAACCCAAUAAAUUCUUUAGAAUUCUUAAAGGCAUUAGUGAUUUUAUCAGUCUAUGGUUAUUCUUUAUCAGUAUCAGAUUUCACAAUAGAUCCUUGGUUUCUAUCAGGUAUUGCAGUACAAAAAUUUCUCACAUUAGAUGUUGAUUCUGAAUUAUUAAAUCUUGAUAAUUUACAUGAAUCUCUAGAUCUUGAACAAGAAUGUGAGAAGUUGUCAAAUUUUAGGAUUUGGAAUCAUAUUUGUCUUGUCCAUUUAGUUAAUUGUGUCUUUUCUUCAAGAAUGUGUGUAUUGGAUGAAAUCAGAUUAGAUCAAUCAAGGAAAAGUUUAGAUCUUUCACAAGCUACAAAUUUUGAUGGAAGAAUAGUUAGUGAGAUUUCAUUACAGUUGUUACUUUAUAACUAUUUACAAAGUGGCUCAACAACAAAUGAUCUUGGGAAUCAUUUCAAUACUGAUUUUGAAAGUUUUGAACAAGAAUUGAAUCUAUGGCAUGAACAAUGGAAUUAUUUAUUUAGACAACCAACUUUACAAUUUGUGGAAUUUGGGUAUCAUUAUGUCUAUCUUGUGGCAAUGUAUCAUUAUCAAUUUGGUGGGGAUAAGAAAAUUGAUGAAUUAGAUCAAGAAGAUGAAAUUAAAGAUAAAGAAGUUUUGAAAAAAUUUAUUUAUCAUUCAAUAAGGUUGAUUGAUCAUAUAAAUGGGAUUAAGGAUAUUGUUUAUUUCUUGUGCUUAUCUGAUCAAAUCCAUCUUUGUACAAUGUAUACAACAUUGUUAUUUAUAAAAUUGAUUAAAUGGAGUUACAAAUAUGCUGGAUUAGGUCAAAUUGAUAUGUUGGAUUUAAUAUCAAAGGCUAAAUUGAUUAAAGAAAAAUUCAUUCAAGUUUCUCGGGAAACUAAUGAUCUAGCUUUUACAUUUGCCACCAGUAUCCAAGAAGCCAUUGAUUCAGUAUUAGCUGAGGCAUAA